GCGCGCGAACGCGCUCGACGUUCACUUUGUUUUCUUUUUUUUUUUAAAUCCCCGCGGCAAAGACUUGCGUUUAUCGUGCCUAAUUAAAUAAAAUGCACAAUUAAACAAAGCGAUUCGCGUAUCAGUAAGGUCAACAUGGGUCUCGCCGUCGCGGGAUGUUUUCGUAACGUUUAUAUUAGGAAGAAAUAUCAUGAUAAGUAAUCGGGCGAGUGCAAAUGUCGCCCGUAUCUGCGCUGCGGAGUCGAUCACAACACUCGGCAUGUACUAACGGUGUCGCGAGUACGGAGAACAAAGUGGUUAAGGGACAACCGUUCGCGGAAUCCCACGGUUGAUUCAUACACCGGUUAUCGUGUUUUGCUGCGAGCAACAUGUGUGAGGUCACAAGUUGGAUUCCGUACGCCGUGGUGGAAACACUGCGCGAUCGUUCCGCGCAGCCCGUCGUCGCUUGGCUGACGAACUUGCGCGCUUCCAUCGAGGAGUACGACCCCCUCAUAGUGGUGCAGCCCCCGCCGACAGACGCCCCCGACCCCGACGGCGCCUUCGACGAGAUCCUCUCCCAACUGGGCAAGGAGAUCUACAAGCUAGAUGAAUACCAAAGAAACCUCAGUCCGUCAGAAAACCAAGACGUCUCACUCAGCAUCUUGAACAUAUUCGACGAGUGUCUCGAAGGGAUGAACCGCCAAACUGAAACCGAAACCAAAGUGAUCUGUCAAAAUAAAACGUCAGACGAAAAUGAAAACAACGUGGAUUGCAGUGAUCGUACAUCGGAUGUCUCUGUCGUUACGAGUACACCCGAAUGUGUGAAUGUGAAAAUGAGGAACACACCGCCGCCAGUUCCGCCGCGGAAAAUUGCAAUGGCCCCCGUUUACGACAACAUAGAAUUCCCGACUAAAUCGGAGACAGACAAAAUGGAAUCCGACACGGAUUCCGCGAGUACGUGCUGGAGUUACCAGGACUGCAACAUAGAGACGGAAGCGGAGGGGAAGGAGACGUACGCAGCGGUGUGGUCCCACUCGACGGGGUUUCACAACUCGGACGAGAUUUUGCGUCGAGUUUUGUCGCAGGCGCAGCAACGGGCGACGAUAUCUCGAUUGUCUUUCGAUACGGCGAGCGACUUUUCCCCGCAGCCCUUCUCUGUGUACGCGUUGCACGAGGUGGGAGACGUGCACAGGUGCGACGAGCCGCCAGUUGCCGCCAUGGCGCCGGACAAGCCGUGCGACGACGGUUACGAGCCCGUCCGCGACGCGAUCGCUGCGACAGACGAGAACAUUUACGAGGAAAUCGAAUACGGGUACAGUUACACGGACGAGGGGUGUUCUUGUGGCGGCAGUGUGGAAGUGGAGAGUUGUUCUAUCAGUGCCAGUUCGGAAGGCGUCGGCAGGGAGAGCCCCCUGUACGCCAAUCUGCGGGAUCACGACGCGUACGCGAUCCCGCCUGAUGUGAUUUUCUGGAAGAACUCCUUGCUGGACCCUUUUUAUAACGACGACGAGGAAGAUGAGUGGAUCACGCCCGAGGAGUGCGAGUUGUACAGCAGGGACCGCCGACCGCCGCUGGUCAUCCCGCGCAUCACGCAGUACCGCCCGCCCGCGCGCCGGGACCCUCGGCCGCAGAUACCUAUGUACACCGAGGACCGGCUGCAGGACGUGCCGGACCGCUCGUGGAACUGGUCGCCGACGUCGGAGCGCAGUCGCGCGGACAUCGCGCGCAGCUUCAACAACUCCAACUGCGAGAGCCCGCCGUUUUGGGCGCACAAACGACUAGGUGGUUCAACAGAAAACUUUCUGGCUGUAGCACGGAGGCCCAACCAUCUCCAGCUGCCGCCCUCCUCAUCAGGCGACAGUCUAGAUGUGGAGGUCAGAGAGAGAGAGCCGGGGGCCAAGAAGGAGAGGAAGUCCAGGUCCAUGGUGGCACCCAAACAGAGGCCCAGGCCACCAGUGGUCACCAACCCUAAGAUAUUGAUGCACCCACCUAUAGAGGCGCCAGUAAUAUUAGAAGGGCCGGUGAAGCGCACCAAGUUCAUGGAGGGCGGCAAGAAGAGCAAGAAGAACUGGACGGACAGCUACAUGAUCCUCACGCCGAACAAGCUCAGCUUCUACAAGGAUCAGCGCAGUUAUGAGGCGACGAGGUUGCUAAAACCGACCAACACGCCGCCGAGCCCGACAGCCCCGCGCGCGGAGCUAGAGCUGCCUCUACUAAACGCGCACGUCGUGCAGUGCAUACAACAGCAUACUAGGAGGUACAUGCGGUCUCUGCUGCUGACCGUGGAACAUGAUCAGUAUCUACUGCAGGAGUUCACUGAGGAAGGUGCCAUACGACUCUUGAAAUGCAUACAGAAUGUCAUAUAUAAACUUGGCCCACCACCGUUGGACGAUCGCCCCAGUCCGUACCAAAGUAGCAACACAGACUUAGAAAGCCUCGGCCGAACCCCGCCGGUGUCGCGACACGCUACAAGGAGCAAGCAAAAAGCCGGCGGUAGUAGCAACGAAGAUUUGAGCGAUUCCACCGAAGUUUCCAUACAGAGGUCCCACGUUAGAAGUAGGCUUAGAAAAUUCUUCGCCAAGCGGCCCGCCAUGGAGGUCCUAGUCAAGAAAGGGAUCUAUAAAGACGAGCCCGUGUUUGGACGCAAGUUGGAGGAAGUCUGUCCGGCGUCCAGUCCACGCGUGCCUGACUUCGUCCGGGCGUGCGUCCGGGAGAUCGAGAGCAGUGAGGAGAACAUGUGCACCGAUGGCCUGUACCGCGCCAGUGGCAACCUCAGUCAGGUGCAGAAGAUAAGACUCGAGAUCGAUCAGAACAAUUUGGGAGUGAUCGAGAACAACACAGACAUCCACGUGCUAACGGGCUCGUUGAAGCUGUUCUUCAGAGAGCUGAAGGAGCCCCUCAUCCCCUGCACCUUGUUCGACAGGAUACUUGCAGCUUGUUCAAUAAAACCUAGAGAAGCGAGGGUAAAAGAGUUUCAGAGCAUAAUACAGGCAUUACCACAAUGCAACAGGGACACACUCAAGUUUCUACUGGAGCAUCUUUUGAAAGUUACACAAUACAGUGAACGUAACAGAAUGCACACUGCAAAUCUGGCAAUAGUGUUCGGACCCACAUUACUGUGGGCACCCGCCGAGCAAGCCCACAACAUAGCCAUCGACUACAUACAGCAGAACAACGUGGUGGACAUCUUACUCAACGACUUCAAAGACAUCUUUGUAGAAGAGACAAAGGGAAAGAAGAAAGCGUGAAUUCGUAAAGUCUUACAUCCUGGAAUUUAGACUGUUAAAAAUUAAAAUAUCCUAAACCUCAGAAACGGGCUAGUUUUUCGGCAAUAUCUAGAGAUUGUAUAGCCGACAAGUUGCUCUAUAAUCAGAACAGAGCUAAGUCUACGAAAAUAACAUAAUUGUAUUAUGGUAUUUUCGUAGAUUUAGCAGAUUGCAGUAGCUGAUUGUUGAACAUCGAAUAUAAAACCUGUUUUAUUUUUUUUUUGCUGGCAUUUAGUGAGAUCAGCAAUGUUUGUAGCACUUAUACUAAAAAUAUAUGUAAAAAGACAUUAUUGGUUCGUUUCGACUGAGUGGGGAGUAGCGAAAGUGCGCGACCAAUCAGAUGAAGCGAUUUAAUGAUCACGUGAUCACUCUGGUAUCUGAUUGGUUUGUAUCGUAGUUCAGCUCCGUUUGCCUUUAUUCUCAUCUUUCAAGUACAGAACCUUACAAUUUCUUUAUAAGGUAGCAUCAGGAAUACAACUUUUGGCUUUUUAUUAUUGUGCUUCAUAGGUGAGGAUUAAUAAGUUCUAAAUGCAGUGGCGCCCUAAAAGGAUAUUACGAAAUGCCUAGAUGUAUGAUCUCUCUUAUACUUAAUGUUUAAAAGACAUAACUCUUUACCUAUUAGAAUUAAAAUAAAGUGUCUACUUUACUUGACGGCAUAAUGAAAGUUAUUUAGUGCGUUACGUGCAGAAACGUCAUAAUUUUUAUUGUUUUACUCUGUAAAAUUAUAUUUGCUUUAUGUCUCAACAAUACAACAGUUGCUAAAAUGUAAAGGUUCUGAGUGCCCCCUAUUUGCACUAAUUAUCAAUUCUAGGGAUUCCAAUUAGCCUCAGUUAUCCCUAGAAGGGACAACUGAGACUUAUUGGAAUAAGGGGUUAAGUCAUGGUCAUGGUGAAUAUUAUUUUAAUAUAAAAUCAAUAAUUUUAGCACUCAACUUGACGUUCAAAUAUUUUAUGAACUAUUUUUAUAUUAAACAAAAGUUAUGACAUCGAAUAAUGUAUGUAUGUAUAUAUAAAUGUUGUAAUUCAUUUGGUAAGUCAUUCGUAAACAUUCACGCAUUGUGCUUGUAUAAUCGAUGAUUAAACGCAAAACGUAACACCUUAGUGAUUAGUGCAAGUCCUGAGUGUACGGGCUCAGUUUCAGCAUAUUCCUUGACUUCUUCAUAUUCAUAGACACUACAAAAGCACAAUCUGUGAAUGAGUUAUCGCCAGGUUAAAUUAAUUAGACUAUAGCAAUUAUGACGUUUGUGCACUAUACAUGUUUUAAGCAAACUAUACUAGUAGUUUGUUCGUCCAAAAAGUGAAUCGAAGUUGUAGGUGUGCGUUAUGGUUGUAAGCAAUAUUGUUAUGGAAAGACUGCGCGAGGCUCUAGGGGUAAAUAUUAUAUAAUAUAUUUAAAUAAAUAAUUAUAUUAUAAAUAGAAAGAAUACAGUUAUAUUUACGCGUAGUUUUAAUGGAAUAUCGACGGACAAUCUUUAUUUACGUAAGGGACAAAAUACUUCACUCAUAGAAAAUAUUUGUUUUAAUAUAGAAAUAAAUAUCAAUAUUGAAAAUAAAAGUUACAGAGAUAAUCCGUUUAACUCAGUCAUCGGUUAGUACAAUGGAGCUAGUUAGGAUAAGAGGAAAGCGAGAGAGGUGGGGGCGGUAGUACGUGCGCAUGAAUGAUUAUUUAAAGAAGACGCUCCAGGCUCAAAAGGGCUAGAACCCAUUGCCGAAAAGACAGUUAUUAAAAAAAGAAAAUGCUUACCGCUCCCUGUAUCGCGCAGGCGAUUACUAACUAAUUUGCAUACUUAAUUAAAUAAAUGUGUCCCUUGCGAAAUAAAACUUCGAGUGUCGAUAUAUUUUUGUGUAAAAAAUAAAUUGAAAUAUAUACAUAAUAUGAAAUUUAAAUCUGAUUUAUAAAUGAACACCAUUAUUUUGGGGCCAAACCUGUAUAAUAUAAUCGAGUCCUACUGCGUAGAGUAGUGCCCUAUUGUCUGUGACAGAAACGUUGUAAAUACUUCAUGUGUUUAUUACAAGAAUUGUAAGCUCCACACAUUGAAGCUAUAAGUGUUUGAAAUAAAUAAUAUAAAUCGUAUUAAUCCAAUACAGGUUACAAACAUAGUAACAAAGUGAUCCUCAAAGCAACUUUCAAUAACAUUCAUAUUUCUCACAGAGAUUCACAGGUCUCGUAUUCUACCAAAAUCGAUUUAUAUUUUAUUUCUGAUAAAAAUAUACAAACAAUGAACAUAAUAUAUUUUUAUUAGUGUUUUGUAUUAUAUUUUUUUAUUUUAUUAAAAUUUAAAAUAAGACAAAUAAACAAAUGAGUGAAAAAAGUAAUAUACAUUUGUUUCAGAAUAGUACAGUUUAGUUUUAUAUUUUUGUGAUUUUAGGCGUCUUAUCUAUCUUUACAUACAUAUUAUCAAGUUUGUGCUCUUAAAGGGCUUUUCCGUUUCAUGUCACAGACAACAAGGGCCUAGGCUUAAAGCCAACUUAUUUUCGUGCCUUAAGCAAAAAGGCCUUGUAAAUAGUCAUCAUAGAUGAUUUUAUCAGUUUGUGAUAAUAAAUAUUUGUUGUUGUGUUCUUAGUUUCUCGUUUUGUUUAUAAGUUGUGUACACAGUAACCGUUCCAUACAUUUUUUUCCCCAAUUUUGUUGUACAGCGUUACAAGAUUUUUUUGUGUUAUUUUUACUUAAAAACUUCAUUUUUAACAUAUUUUAGUCGAUCAAAUUAACGCUGAAAAUCUAAAAUUUAAUAGUUUGUGAACAGAAGUUGGGGGAAAAAAUGUUAUUGUGAAAUAAAUAUCAAAUUGCUUGCAAGUAAACAUCUAGUCCUGUUUCUUGGUUACUGGACUGCUGUGAGUCGAAAUAUAUCUUUUUAAAAGCGUAUACUUGUAAAACUUAAUACGUUGUAUGGGAUUUUAUUAGUAAUCUACCAUAACUACUAUGGUUUAUAGGUGCCGACAAAUUAGUGUGGUCUAUGAUAUGUAUUUUUUAUUUGGGUUAUUAAACAAUGUGCUGCUACUAAUAGAUUAAUUGUUUACGUCAAUAAUCAUUACUUGUUAAAUUAAAUUAAAGUAUAAUUUAUCGAAAAUAUUUCUCUUGAUACUGUAUACUGUAUAUAAAGAAAAUGUAAAAACAAGUCCAAUAGUAGUUUAAUUAAUAAUAAUUAAAAUAAUUUUAUAUAUUUCCAUGAUUUUGAAUAAGUUAAUGAAACACAUAAUACACGUUGCUUAAAAAUCAUGUGAUAUAAAUUAAAAUAAUUAUAGAAAGUAAUUUGAUGCAAAAAUGUAGAAUUAUUUAUUUAGAGGAUAAAUUAUUUUUUUAAUUCAAUUCUUCCUUUUUAAUCUGGUGAAAAAGAAUUGUAUAAAUUUAAAUGCAGAUACGAAGUGAUACAAAGAACACAUGUUUAAUACAUCCACGAUAAAAAAUACAUUCAUGGCCCCUCACACUUAUAAAUCGGGGUUCUGAUUGAAUUUAUGACAAAAUUCGUAUCUAUACGCAUAGAAUAUAUGUACACUUGUACCGACUCGUAAAUCUAUGUCUAUACGGUAAAUGUAUUUAGCGUCAAGUUUGACACUUGUCAAUAUUUAAGAUCAGGACCCUGUUGGGUGCACUAAUAUAACAUAAUAAGCUAGGAACCAAAGUUUUGUAUUUCGGCUGAUGGUCACUACGUCACUGUAUAGAUAUUGUGUAUAAUAAUAUUAAAUAAUAAAAUAAAUAAUAUUUUAACGCCAAUAAUGCUUGGAAAUAGAGAAAAAUGACACGAAAUAAAAAUUAAAAAUUACUUAUUCUA